CGACAAGCGGCCUCUUUCCUGGUCCCCGCCCCCCGGCUAGCCCCGCCUACCAGCUGUGAACCCGAAGGGGAAGGAAAAACCGGCUUCGCGCAUGCGCGGGAUAAGGCUAGUGGCCGUGGCGCGAGAACGCGCGGGCCGGGGGCGCGAGCGGGAGACGGUUGAGCCGUUGGAGCCCCUUCUCCCCACUUCCGGUCCUAUCCCGGUGGAGACGAAGACAGGAGGAAGCUUCGGAGCGGCCAUGAAGGCAGGGGCGACCUCCAUGUGGGCUUCCUGCUGUGGGUUGCUGAAUGAGGUCAUGGGGACGGGAGCGGUUCGUGGCCAGCAGCCCGGAUUCGGAAGCGGAGCAAACCCCUUUCGGUUUGCGCCAAGCACGGACUUCACCGUCUACUCCUCGGCAGCAGCCACGGGAGCGAACCCCGCGGUCUGCAAAUCUUGUGGCCUUUCCUUCUCCGUAUUCAGGAAAAAGGAAGACAACAAAAUGGAGAUGGGGACAUUCGGAAGCCCUCGUAGCCGGGAGCACGUGUGCUGUGAGUGCAAGAAAGACUUCUGCUCCGUCUGCUCCGUCUUGCAAGACAGCCUCCGCCGGUGCUGCACCUGCCAGUUGCUGCAGGAGACGGCCUUCCAGCGGCCGCAGCUGAUCCGCUUGAAAGUCAAGGAUCUGCGCCAGUACCUGCUCCUUAGGAACAUCCCCACGGACACCUGCCGCGAAAAGGAAGACUUGGUCGACCUCAUCCUGUGCCAUCACGGAUUGGCCUCCGAGGAGGAGACGGACACUAGCAGCUUGUACUCGACGCAGUCGCAGGCUUCCAGUUUUUCGACCCAGCACAUUUCUCUGUCUGGAUUGGUGUCCACUUCUCAGGGAGACCUCGCCAGCCGGCAGGAGAAUAUGGGCAGUGAAAUACAGUUACUGGGGCCCAGCGAGAGACUCUCGGCGGAUCUGGGGGCAGAGGAAGACCAGGCAGCACAAGAAACUCCGGGCCAGUCCAGGAAGCGUGCCAGGGCCUCGCUGUCCGAUAUUUCCAGCCUGGAUGACGUGGAAGGGCUGACCGUCCGGCAGCUGAAAGAAAUCCUGGCUUGUAACUUUGUCAAUUAUUCGGGAUGUUGCGAAAAAUGGGAACUGGUAGAAAAAGUCAGCCGGCUCUACAAGGAGAACCAAACGAAUCAGCGGCUGCAAGGGGAGAAGCCUCCGCUGGCCGACGAGGACGACAACCUUUGCCGGAUCUGCAUGGACGCGGUGAUCGAUUGCGUGCUGCUCGAAUGCGGCCACAUGGUCGCCUGCACCAAAUGCGGGAAGCGCAUGAGCGAGUGUCCGAUCUGCCGCCAGUUCGUGGUGCGGGCCGUGCACGUGUUCAAGUCCUGAGCGCCUGGGCCCAGCACCGGAAGCUUCCUGCUGCACACAUUUCCUCCCAAGACGGUCACGUGCGGAGGCUCUGGAAAGCCUCGGUUCCAGUUAAUUCAUAGCAUCCUGACCAGGAGCUUAGGAGCUUUGACCGAUUGUAUUUCUGCUUUGCAAGUCAGAUGCCUCUUAAAGAUAGAGCUGUGUGAACUGGAUUUCUUUUCCUUUUCAUUUUUUUUUUUUUUAAAGAAAAAAAAAAAAAAGGCAGACUGGAGUAGAGUCGAACUGGAAGCCAGAGAUUGAACGCUUCAGAUUGCUCUCUUCUGAAAAUCAGCCCGAAAGCUGAGAAAAGGCGAAGGGGAGCACGCUUAACUUCCUCAGAGAGCAACGGGAUGAAGUCUUCUCGGGGGGGCGUUUCUUGCCCGGGGGGGGGAUUUUGUGGGUGGGCUGGCAGACCGGUUUUUGUGCCAAUCCUCCAGAGUGUCAGCCCACGCAUAUCUGGUGAUCUACAGUAGCCUUAAUGGAAAGAGUUAAAAGCUGCCUUUUGGAGUCUGCGUCAGAGAGCGCCAGUCAGCCAGUUUAUAUUUCCGUUCCGAGAUCCUAGAAAUAUCCUCGGAUUCAGAACAGGCAAAUCAAGAUAGUUCUGUUUACAUUCUCAUUUGAGAAGGUUUACCAGGAAUUAUCACAUUUAUAUGGCUUCCCGUCACCAAAAGCAAUGCUGGGUGGCACGCAACAAUCACUAAAACAACAUACGUAUUAAAGAAUAUUUAAAAAGCACAGCAAAAAUUUAGAAUAUGCAAAUCACAUGGAGACAGUAAAAGAACCAACUGCAACGGAGCCAUCUAAGAAUGUGUAGUUCCCUGGGAUCCCCAGAGUUGGUGACCGAGCCAGGUCUUGGGGGGGGGGCUUCUGGAAUGGUAACAGUGAUAGAGUUAACUUUAUUGGGGAGGGGGGAAUGCUCCUUAGGACAGGUGUUAUGAUAGAGAAGGAUUUAGAUGGACUGCGCACCUAUAGGAAUAACCCCAACUUCUCCUGAAACUGGGUCUAUCGGGCACUGGCGAUGGACCAAUCUAGUGGGUCCAGCCUCCCUGCAGUGGAUAGAGGCACCAGAAUGUCUCCUGGUCAUCAGGGCAGGAUCUGACCCUGCACCCAGCCAGACCCCUAACUCCCAAACCCCAAUGUCCACAGAAGUAUAAACGUUCAGGAAGGAACCAGGUAAUGAAGGAGUCCAGCAGCAGGGGGAGGGAAGGGAGCCAGGUCUCAGAGCAAACAGUUGCAACCUUGCUUAUUUAGCCCUGCUGCUUUGGGGGACCUGAAAGGUCAUCAGUUCUGCCAUCAUCUUUCCUCUUCAGCAAGACUUAUUGCAGUAGCUCCCCAACGGUUUCUAAGAGAUUUGCCAGAAUAGCUGGGGCAAGUGAAAGGUCACCAAAGCUUGCACUGGAGUCAUGCAAAAUCCUCAAAUGCGCAGUGUGUGGGGGGAAAGCAGAGGCAUUUUGGAGCUCGGGCCCCUGGUAUGAAUUUCAGGGUUUGUAGAAAGGCUGUGAAAAUUAGGAGAGGUCCUAACUUUGCAGCCUGGUAUCUAUUCGGCGUCUGGCUCAAGUAACUUUUCAAAUCUUGAAGUUGACAUUUUUUUCAGAAGGGAGCAAGACAUGAUGGCUUUGUUUUUUGAAAAUGUCUCUAACGAGGACAUAGUGUAGAAAAGCGAGUUUUUUGGGGUACGUGCAUAAUCGAGAAUGUAGCAUAUCCAUAACAUUCUGAGUAACGGCUGGCUUAAUAAACGUUUCAUUAACUGGC